ACAGUAAAGAACAUGGGCAACACCAGAUGAGACCAUUCGGAAAGUGCCCAAAACCUCUUUAAAUCUAGCCCUAGACCACUUAAGCCCGACAAACCAGAUUAGGAUGGUUUAAGCAGGGGUUUAGUGCUCUCACUAGCCCAAUCCUGAAUCCUUUCCUAUACCUUGUCCCAAUACUUAUGCUGAAAGACGAUCAGUUUAAACUAGUUCAGCAAGCUAGUCUCCCUGCCUGACCACCUGAAAAGAGCCACAAACCAUUUUAAAAACGGGUUGUCUCUUGGCCAUGCUUGUACUCCCAGAGAGUUAAAGGUGCACAGAUAUUAACAUGAGAAGUAUUUAAAUGAACAUGCAGUGGUAAAGCUGUUAUUAUGGCUGCUCACCGCAACACUACAUCAGAGGAUGAUUUCCCCACUCUGAAGCCGAGACGCAUCCAGAACCAGAAUGUGGUCCACAGGCUAGAAAGGCGUCGGAUCUGCUCCGGUCCACUUGGAGCUCAUUGGUACCGUGUGCGCUGCUUCCACCAGAACCUGUUCCCCAACUUCACAGUGGUGAACGUGGAGAAGCCGCCCUGCUUCCUGCGUAAGUUCUCCCCUGACGGAAGAUGCUUUAUUGCAUUCUCCUCUGAUCAGACUUCCUUGGAAAUCUACGAGUAUCAAGGAUGCCAAGCCGCUGAAGAUCUUCUCCAGGGUCAGGAGGGAGAAACACUUGCCAAUGGGAAUGACCAACGCUCCCUCAACAUCAGAGGCAGACUCUUCGAACGCUUCUUCUCCCUGCUCCACGUCACCAACGUGGCCUCCAACGGUGAGCACUUGAAUAGAGAAUGCAGUCUUUUUACCGACGACUGCCGCUAUGUGAUCGUCGGCUCAGCUGCCUACUUGCCUGAAGAACCUCAUCCGCACUUUUUUGAGGUGUACAGAAACAACGAAUCCGUGACACCGAACCCUCGCUCACCUCUUGAGGACUACUCACUGCACAUCAUAGACCUGCACACAGGCCGACUGUGUGAUACACGCACCUUUAAGUGUGACAAAAUCAUUCUGUCACACAAUCAAGGACUGUACCUGUACAGAAAUAUACUGGCGGUGCUUUCUGUGCAGCAACAGACUAUACAUGUUUUUCAGGUGACACCAGAAGGAACCUUCCUUGACGUGCGCACCAUCGGCCGUUUUUGUUACGAGGAUGACCUGCUGACGCUGUCUGCGGUUUACCCCGAGGCCCAGGCUGAAGGCCAGCCCGGUUUCUCCCGCCUGUAUAAAGAGAAAACCAUCAACUCCUUGAAGCACCGUCUGCUGGUGUACCUGUGGAGGAGGGCAGAGCAGGAUGGCAGCGCUACAGCCAAACGGCGGUUCUUUCAAUUCUUCGAUCAGCUCAGGCAGCUGCGCAUGUGGAAGAUGCAGCUCCUGGACGAACAUCACCUGUUCAUCAAGUACACUAGCGAAGAUGUGGUCACGCUGAGGGUCACCGACCCCUCGCAGCCCUCUUUCUUCGUGGUUUACAAUAUGCUAACCACAGAGGUUAUUGCGGUCUUUGAGAACACUUCUGACAAACUUCUGGAGCUUUUUGAAAACUUCUGCGACCUCUUCCGUAACGCCACACUCCACAGCGAGGCCGUGCAGUUCCCCUGCUCUGCUUCCAGCAACAACUUUGCCCGUCAGGUACAACGCAGGUUCAAAGACACUAUCGUGAAUGCCAAAUACGGAGGGCACACAGAGGCGGUCAGGAGGCUUCUUGGUCAGCUGCCCAUCAGUGCUCAGUCCUACAGCAGCAGCCCGUAUCUGGAUCUUUCCCUCUUCAGCUACGAUGACAAGUGGGUGUCUGUCAUGGAACGGCCGAAGACCUGUGGCGAUCAUCCCAUACGGUUCUACGCGAGGGACUCGGGAUUGCUGAAAUUUAAGAUCCAGGCAGGCCUGCUGGGCAGACCCAUUAACCACGCGGUCAGGAGACUCGUCGCGUUCACCUUCCAUCCCUUCGAGCCCUUCGCCAUCUCUGUGCAGCGCACCAAUGCCGAAUACGUUGUCAACUUUCACAUGCGCCACGGAUGCGUAUGAUAUUGCAUGUGUGAGUACAGACGUGUGAUUGGAGAGACUCAUGGAAUCGGAGACGUGUCUUUUUAUACAUCUUUUUUUAUAUUAAAGUUUUAUUUAUUACAAAUGUAAUGUCUUUUUAUGCAUUUACACUAAUGAUUUUUAUAUAUUUUGAUUUUUUUUUUCUUUUUUUUUACUAAUUUGCAAUGUGCAAAAUAAAACUUGUAAUAUUUAUAUUACAGUGUUGUUCGA